CCUUUACGCCCCUCCCCCUCCUCCCCUCUGGUUGGAAAGUUUCUAGAAUCUCUUCCCAGCGGCCUUUGCGGUUCCAACAUGGCGGAGCUGACGGUGGAGGUUCGCGGCUCUAACGGGGCUUUCUACAAGUGCCAUGGAGAGCAUUGAUGUUGCAAGCAUACUUGAAAAGAGCUCUCCUCUAUUAUCUCCAGGAUUUUCUUGCAAGAAUUUUCAUCCACUCUGCAAGUUUUGGUGCUGGUGCUUUCUUGAUUUUAUCAGAAGGUGUCAACAGAACAACCUUCUGGGAUUUAUCAAAGAUGUUCAUGAAGACUCCCUCACAGUUGUUUUUGAGAACAACUGGCAGCCAGAACGCCAGGUUCCAUUUAAUGAAGUUAGAUUACCACCACCACCUGACAUAAAAAAAGAAAUUAGUGAAGGAGAUGAAGUAGAGGUAUAUUCAAGAGCAAAUGACCAAGAACCAUGUGGAUGGUGGUUGGCUAAAGUUCGAAUGAUGAAAGGAGAAUUUUAUGUCAUUGAAUAUGCUGCUUGUGAUGCCACUUACAAUGAAAUAGUCACAUUUGAACGACUUCGACCUGUCAAUCAAAAUAAAACUGUCAAAAAAAAUACCUUCUUUAAAUGCACAGUGGAUGUUCCUGAGGAUUUGAGAGAGGCGUGUGCUAAUGAAAAUGCACAUAAAGAUUUUAAGAAAGCAGUAGGAGCAUGCAGAAUUUUUUACCAUCCAGAAACCACACAGCUAAUGAUACUGUCUGCCAGCGAAGCAACUGUGAAGAGAGUAAAUAUUUUAAGUGACAUGCAUUUGCGAAGUAUUCGUACGAAAUUGAUGCUUAUGUCCAGAAAUGAAGAGGCCACUAAGCAUUUAGAAUGCACAAAACAACUUGCAGCAGCUUUUCAUGAGGAAUUUGUUGUGAGAGAAGAUUUGAUGGGCCUGGCAAUAGGAACACAUGGUAGUAACAUACAGCAAGCUAGGAAGGUUCCUGGAGUUACAGCUAUUGAGCUAGAUGAAGAUACUGGAACAUUUAGAAUCUAUGGAGAGAGUGCUGAUGCUGUAAAAAAGGCUAGAGGUUUCUUGGAAUUUGUGGAGGAUUUUAUUCAGGUUCCUAGGAAUCUUGUUGGAAAAGUAAUUGGAAAAAAUGGCAAAGUCAUUCAGGAAAUAGUGGACAAAUCUGGUGUGGUUCGGGUGAGAAUUGAAGGAGACAAUGAAAAUAAACUACCUAGAGAAGAUGGUAUGGUUCCAUUUGUAUUUGUUGGCACUAAAGAAAGCAUCGGAAAUGUGCAAGUUCUUUUAGAGUAUCAUAUUGCUUACCUAAAGGAAGUAGAACAGCUAAGAAUGGAACGCCUACAGAUUGAUGAACAGCUACGACAGAUUGGUAUGGGUUUCAGACCUUCUUCCACCAGAGGGCCUGAAAAAGAAAAAGGAUAUGCCACUGAUGAAAGUACCGUCUCUUCUGUACAAGGUUCUAGGUCUUAUAGUGGAAGAGGCAGAGGUCGUCGGGGCCCUAAUUACACCUCCGGUUAUGGUACAAACUCUGAGCUGUCUAACCCCUCUGAAACAGAAUCUGAGCGUAAAGACGAGCUGAGUGAUUGGUCAUUGGCAGGAGAAGAUGAUCGGGAGAGCCGACAUCAGCGUGACAGCAGGAGACGCCCAGGAGGAAGAGGGAGAAGUGUUUCAGGGGGUCGAGGUCGUGGUGGACCGCGUGGUGGCAAAUCCUCCAUCAGUUCUGUGCUCAAAGAUCCAGACAGCAAUCCAUACAGCUUACUUGAUAAUACAGAAUCUGAUCAGACUGCAGACACUGAUGCCAGCGAAUCUCAUCACAGUACUAACCGUCGUAGGCGGUCUCGUAGACGAAGGACUGAUGAAGAUGCUGUUCUGAUGGAUGGGAUGACUGAAUCUGAUACAGCUUCAGUUAAUGAAAAUGGGCUAGAUGAUAGUGAAAAAAAACCCCAGCGACGCAAUCGUAGCCGCAGGCGUCGUUUCAGGGGUCAGGCAGAAGAUAGACAGCCAGUCACAGUUGCAGAUUAUAUUUCUAGAGCUGAGUCUCAGAGCAGACAAAGAAACCUCCCAAGGGAAACUUUGGCUAAAAACAAGAAAGAAAUGGCAAAAGAUGUGAUUGAAGAGCAUGGUCCUUCAGAAAAGGCAAUAAAUGGCCCAACUAGUGCUUCUGGCGAUGAAAUUUCUAAGCUACAGCGUACUCCAGGAGAAGAAAAGAUUAAUACCUUAAAAGAAGAAAACACUCAAGAAGCAGCAGUCCUGAAUGGUGUUUCAUAAACUGAAGAAGUUCCUAGUUUACAGUUCUUUUACAUUACAUUUUACAAUAGUGCUUGUACAAGCUUGCCAAAGAUAGAAUAUGGAUCGCCAGUCUUUACAUCGCACUUUCAGUUCCUCCAUUUGGAAUUCAGAAAGGGGAGGGAUCCUGAAGAAAUCAUAUGUUAAACAUACUUUGACACCUACUGUGUUAUAAAAUAUAUCAUCAGAUGUGCCUUGAGAAUAGUAUAUGUAACAUUAAAAAAGUUGCUGGCUA